AUGACCAGAACUACCCACCGGUGGAGAGAAUGGAUACCAGAUCUACGGGCCAUUUUCAAUUCCUCGCCUUGGCCUAUCCAUAUACUCUCUACCCUGGCUCCUGGAAGGCACAUCCUGCGAUUUACCUCCUCCACGAUGGCCCAGGGCAGGGUCCGUGGGGCCCCUAAGUUAAUAGUGCAGGUGAUUCCUCCCACAUUGGGGACUAAUAUACUUUCGCCAUCAACUCCACCUCACUCUACCGCCCAACCUAUACAGAGAGAUACCCAAAUGGAACCAAAAUUCGGUGGCGGCGCCCGGCCCCGCAACCACCAGUACCACCACGGCAUAUCCUCCGAGAGACUACUCGGAUUAUUCCAAUCCCCGGUAACCACAUCGUCUACACCCUCGUUUGAGCUUACCGAACAUGAAAUCUUCGACAUCCCCUCUGAGUCCUCUUCUCCAACUUCGGUUCACAGCUCUAAAUCGAAUAGUCAAGUUCAUAGUCAUAAUAAUUUCGGCAUAUUAGCAGUUCUACCCGGUGGAAUUGGAGAUUUCAAAACCGGAUCGAACACUGAAGCCGGAGCGGUUUUCAACCACAAGGCAUCCACCUCCGCGUCACUUGCGUCCUCGACAUCUUCUUCUCCUGCCUCGACAUCCUCGUCUCGAAUUAAGAUCCCUUCAAUUCCGAAAAGGCCUGCGACAGUGACUGAUAAGAUGCGGUUUUACCAUCAGUCGGCACCGGUGAAUGUUCCAAUACUAUCGGCGGCAAUGCAGAGGAGACGAAAUGAGUUUCUUGAUGUGGUUGACGACGUUGAGGAGGUUGAGGAAGAGGAGGGGAAUGGGGAGGUUGUUCCACCACACGAGAUGAUGGCAGCGAAGCAUUCGCCUUUAUUGGCGUGCUCGGUCCUAGAAGGGGCUGGCCGGACAUUGAAAGGGCGAGAUCUGAGGCAGGUGCGCAAUGCUGUUUGGCGGAGGACAGGUUUCAUGGAUUAAGUUUAUAACUAUUAAAUUUUACUAUUUGUAAAUUGUGGGGAUUCCUGUCUGUUUGGCUUCAAUAACAUGAUUAUCUUUGUAUAUUGUAGUGGAUAUAUUGUAUAUAAAUGCCAACCGGACUGAAAGCUAAUUUGCCAUUCUGUUUCUUUUCAUUUGUAUUUAAUGUUUAGCUUUAUUUUGUUGUGGUGAGGGAAGCAUUUUUCUAUC